AUGGGCUCGCUUCCUCUCCAAGCCUUCGUUCGAGGGCUCCUUACAACACCACCAGAGCUUACGCACCAAAUCAUCGAUGAUCUUCGCGUCUGGGACAUUCUCAGGCUUUUGAUUCAUGAUAAUCCUCAUAUAAACGGUUGCAUUCUCUCACAUCAAACCUGUGGCCAGGUCUUCAAUCAUGACCCCGAAAUUCUUGCCCAAGUGCGCGACGCCGCUCGCUUCUACCACGAGUUUUGCUCAAGCUGUCAACUUCAAAUGGCACCCGAGAAUUCCAUCCUCGCCUUGAACAUCCGAUCUAUCAAAGCUCAGCGAUACAACAAAAUUCUAGACACAAUACAUUCACGCAUUUACAACGAGAUCCAGUCGGCCACCAAGAUUGCGAAUCUGAAUCGUUAUGCUACGGUGCAUACUCCGGACCCUGGACUUUCUGAAGUCUGGGACUAUUCAACAAUUGAGGCCCUGGAAAAGCGCUGGAAGGCCACGAAAGAGGCGAGAAAGAACCUGGCACACAAGAGUAUUUCUCAGCUGCAUUGGGCUGCAGAUAUGCUACAAGCGAACCCGGGCAUCUUGAAGAAGACACUGGAUCCAGGCCAACAGCCACGACGGAAUAUUACGCAUGUCGUUCAACGAAUGAAGGCUAGUGCCGACAAAUGUAAAAAAGUGCAUCGCCUCUAUUAUGCAGGCUCAGAGUUCCUCCUCUAUGAAUUUUUCCCUAUCAUUCCGUUCGACUGGGCCCUGGAAGAGCUGAUCGAUAUGCUGGUAAAGCACCAGUUGGCCACUAAGAGCCCCGGUGGAGAAGACGGAGUUCCUGAGAAGAAGCCAGAAGACGGGCUUUCGCAUCCAAUUGAACAUCCAACAUCGAUCAAGCGCUCCGCCCAAAUCCUGAUCAUCGGAAUGCCCUAUUUCUAUUCAUCUUUUCCUCAAUCGCUGCCUCAGGCCAAGCAUCCUCUCAUAACAAAUAAUCAGAACCAGGUUUUCCGGACUGCGAACACGCCUUGGUCUGGAAAGCCGUUCAUAUUUCCAGACCUAAAUCUAGAGACCCCGUGUUUUACGCCACAUAAUUCUGGAGUUCGCGCUGCGUUUCGCCGGGAUGAGCAGUUCCGACUGUAUGAGCCUCAUGAUGGAAGGGAAGAGGAAUGGCUGGAGGCUUUUGUGAGCUUAUACAGAUAUUUCAAGGCCUUGGAGAAUGAAGCCUGA